AUGAUUAACGAAUUCGAUAAUAUAGGCGACCACAAUAGCAGAAGAGAGGAAGCUCCUCCGGACGGCGGUUAUGGCUGGUUGUGCGUAGCCGCGUGCUUCACGAUCAACUGCUUUACCUGGGGCACAGUUUCGGCAUAUGGCAUCUACCUCUCACAUUAUCUGGCCGAAGAAACCUUUCCUGAAGCAUCAACAUGGGAUUAUGCUUUCGUUGGCGGCUUCAACUUCUCAAUCGCUAUGCUCAUAGCACCCAUCGUAACCUUCCUAACGCGGAAGUUUGGAAUACACAAGACAAUGAUUACAGGCCUAGUAUUUCAAUGUGGGGGUUUUACUGCAGCUUCUUUCGCAACUCGGAUAUGGCAGUUGCAUGUCUCCCAAGGCAUUCUCAUCGGCUGUGGUAUUGGCUUCCUAUAUAUUCCCAGCUUACCUGUCCUGUCUCAAUGGUUUGUCCGGAGGCGCAGCCUGGCCAAUGGAAUUAGUGCUGCAGGCUCUGGCGUUGGCGGCGCUGUCUUCACGUGGGGUACAGAAGCUAUCAUUCAACGUUUCAAUAUUGGUUGGGCUUUACGCAUUACCGGUAUCAUCGCACUCACCGCCAACCUCGCCGCAACAACAGUACUACGGGAUCGAAAUCAUGUGAUCCGACCAUCUCAGCUUGGAUUCGACACCAAACUUCUCCGGCGAUACGACGUGAUACUGCUGCUUGCCUGGGCCUUUAUCAGCAUGCUAGGAUAUGUUAUUCUACUCUUCUCCUUGUCCGACUUUGCCUUGUCCAUAGGUCUUUCUAGAGCCCAGGCUACCGAUGUGAUUGGACUUCUGAAUGUUGGCACGGCAGUUGGGCGACCGGUUAUUGGUACACUUAGCGACAGAUGGAGCCGAAUUGACACAGCAGGUAUUCUAACCUUACUGUGUGGUCUAUCAUGUUUUGCUUUCUGGCUACCUGCUACGACUUUUGGACUCACUGUCUUCUUUGCAAUCAUUUGUGGGGCUAUCGUAGGAGUCUUUUGGAUGACUAUAGGUCCGCUUUGUGUUGAGGUUGCCGGGGUCGAGAACUUGCAGUCACUAUUGUCUCUGUCAUGGGUGGCAGUGAUCAUACCAGCAACUGUCGCAAGCGGGUUCAUGUUCCAACUCCGCAGAGUACAGAGUCGCAAGACACAAAACCAUCCGGCGUAA